AAAAUCGAAAAGAAGGUGGAGAAGAAAGAUGAAAAGGUUGAAAAGAAGGAUGAUGAAAAGGUUGAAAAGAAGGAUGAUGAAAAGAUUGAAAAGAGGGAUGAUGAAAAGGUUGAAAAGAGGGAUGAUGAAAAGGUUGAAAAGAAGGAUGAUGAAAAGGUUAAAAAGAGGGAUGAUGGAAAGGUUGAAAAGAAGGAUGAUGAAAAGGUUGAAAAGAAGGAUGAUGAAAAGGUUGAAAAGAGGGAUGAUGAAAAGACUGAAAAGAAAGUCGAUGAAAAGAUUGAAAAGAAAGAUGAAAAAAGUGAAAAGAAGGAUGAAAAGAUAACUGAUGAAAAACGUCAUGAUGAAUUGUAA